CUCAUAACAAAAAAAAUCUUCUUGCGACUGUAGCUUGGAAAGAUUUUGAAUUGCAAGAUUUUUCCUCUCAAAUACCGUCUCUGGUUUCCAUCUUCCCGGGAAAAGUCCCACUCUCCUGUGCUCUCAGGAGACCUGAAGUUUGUUGUCAAGACGUUGCCCCAACAAGUGAUCUGGAUACAUUGAAUAUGAAUGGUCAACAGUCAAGUUCAUUACAACACACCCAAAUGAUGUCUAUGAACAAAGUGCCUAUGCUCUGUAGAUUUGGGGGCAACUUCAUUUGGGAAUCAAAUAAGGUCUAUUAUAAGGAAGGCACAAACCGUAUUGUUCAUGUCGAUCGAGCGAUCAAUUACCUCAAUCUUUUAUCCAAAGCAUUGGAGAUUUGUAAGUUGACCGAUGUCAGUAGCAUCAAGUACAAAUAUCCUGGUCAAGAUUUGGAUUCACUUGUGUCAAUUGAGGAUGAUGAUGAUGUAUCCAAUAUGAUGGAAGCAUUUCUUUGUAGCAGUGACCCUAUUCAUCUCUUCGUUUUUGGUGCCCAAAAACUUUCAAUCCCCAUUCCGAUUCCCAGUAAUCUGAUGCAGAAUGCCGAUAGUGGAAAUGAUGAAUCAUUGUUGUGGGAUUUACAUGGAAGUAAUGGAACACUUGCACAUUCCUCACAUAAUACUAAUGCCAAUAACAAUGAUGUUUCAAAUGUGUCCAAUGACCUGCCUGAAAUGGACUGCUUGCUGAUGGAUAAUCAAGAAUUACCUUGCAGGGUGGUUGAUAGUUGUGUUAAUGAUAUGGCGAGAAUGAUCCCAGCUUUAAAAGAAGGGCAAGAGUUUGAAGAUUCAAAUACUUUUCUCAAUACUGAGCAUGCAAUAUGUUCGAAUUUUGAAUACAAGCGAACCAAGUCAAGCAUGUUCUAUUAUAAGGUGAAAUGCAUUAAAGACAAUUGCUCAUGGCGCAUAUAUGCAUGUAAGCUUCUUGGCAAGCCUACAUUCAAGGUAGAAUCCUUGAAGGGAAACCAUACUUGUAUUGCUGCAAAUGAAUCAACAGUGUCAAGCAAAAGAAAGCGUCGACAAGCUAGCAGGAUAUGGAUUGCUGGUUUGGUCAAGGAUCGGCUCCAGAAAAAUUUACGCUGCACACCUAAAGAUAUUGUCGAUGAGAUUAGUCAAAAAUAUGGGAUCAAAGUAAGUUAUGAUAAAGCUUGGAGGGGUAAAGAAUUGACACUAAAUGAGAUGGACUUUGAACCGAUUGUUCAAGCUCUUUGCAAAAAAAUUGAGAUGACAAAUCCAGGAAGCACAGCAAAGCUUGACCGGUCAUUAGACAACUCCUUGAGACUUUUUGUUGCAUAUAAGGCUGCAAUUCAUGGUUUCAAGCAAGCAUGCCGACCUAUUGUGUUUCUUGAAUGUGCAGAAAUAGAAGGAAAACACCGAGGUACUAGGCUCUUUGCCUUUGCUAUGGAUGCAGAACAUAAUCGGUUCCCAAUCUCAUGUGCAUUUGUUGAAUCGGAAAAGUAGGGAGUUGGAAAUGGUUUUGUGAUGAGUUGGCUCAAAUCUUGGGACGCAUACCUAAAUUAACAUUUAUAUCAAAUAGGGAGGAUGGGAUUCUUGAAGUGGUUCAUGAUAUCUUUCCAUAUGCAUGUCAUCAAUACAAUCAGUGGAGGCUGAUUGAGG